AUGUACUCACAUGUACUGUCUUUUGCACCUAAUCCGGAACACAACGCGGCAAAUGAUGGAGCUGGGGCGCCACCCAAAAUGGUGGGUGCUGUUUGGAGGAAGUUUUCCCGUGUCGCGCGAGCUUUUGGAUACAUUGGCCGAAAUUUAGCCGACAAGCGAGAUUUUAGCGUGUAUGACCGAGCUGCAACCUCCCCUACAUCCCGGAUCCCUGACUUGGUCGAUCAGCCCGAGAUCUUGGCGUGGAUCCGUGACAAGUUGCGCUGGCCAUUCGCUACUCUCACCGUGUCCGCAAUACCUCGCCGCAAACGUUCGUCUUCUCAGUGCAUGCCAGCACUCGAGCCCUGUUCGAAGAGGCAUACAGAUAUAUUGCAGAAGUCCAGAGCACAGGAGGAUCCUAAGCUCAACGUGUUGCGGCUGGUUCACGGCUGGCUGUGCGAUGAAACAAAUGGAAAUGCAAGCGUAGGAAAUGGCAACGGCACCGCUGGCGGCCCGCAAGCCCGCAACGGAUCAAUCCUGAUCAGUUCCCGAAGCAAACAUGUUGUGUCGAGGCUGAAUUUCAACAAAAAAAAAAAAGUUCUCUUCAUGGUUUCCACUGCCAAGCCCCUGGCAUGUGGAAUGAAAUCAUGCAUAUCUUGUGGGCGGAUGGAGCAGCUGCUACCCACGGGGAAGGGAGCUGAGGUAAUGGAAAGGCGGGAAACGCUCUCCUAUCUCGCCCCUUUUUAUCGCGGAACCUCGGGUGAUUUUCUAGCCCUCCAUCUCUCAAUUAAUGCCAUAUUUCUGAAGACCUUUCCCUCUUCACGUAAGCGCCCAAUUAAACCUUAUACGGCAGUGCUACUUGGCAUUCAUCUUAUCGCUGCUACAGUGUAUUGUAAAUACCACCGCUGGUUUAAAACGAGCGCAUUGGUAUCCUGUCAAAUCAUGCUCUCCGGAUCGGGAUUCGAGAAUCGGGAUCUUGUCCAUGUUGCUGAUGAAAUGCGGCCCGCAGUUAUCUACUAUGUGGCUAAGCAGGCCAAUGGCUUCCUUGGAAGGAAAGAUAUACAUGGUGGUUCGGUGGGUGCCGAAGACGAGAGGUGA